AUGAUGGACAUGGAGAUGAACGCGGGAUUGGACGGUGAUGACGGAAGCGAAAGCAGUCAGCCUUCCUCGGAGAGGAGCUCGGCGAGCAGUACGUUUUGUACUCUGGAGAAAGAUUACGCGAGGAUUACGAGCGAGAUGAAGGCUAAUGAGGCGCUGGCACCCUUCGAGGCCGAGUAUGCGAGGCUGUACGAGUCCUUGUACAAAGCGCAUAGAAACGAGAAGGAGCUGUCGGAGCAGUGCUUCAAUCUCAGGACCGAGAUCGAGGACAACACGUCCAAGAUUUACGAGUUGAGGAGCACCGUGGAAGCGCACGAGGACGAAAUAGCCCAAUUAAAGCAGGAAGUGGUGAACACGACGAAGCUGGCCGACGCAGCGCACGCGCGCGAGCAAAACGCCCAGGAGGUAAUCGAAAAUUUGCGGCUCAACAUCGUGAAACUGGGUCUGGAGAUCGAGCAGAAGAACAAGCAACUCGCCGCCGAGAAGGACGUCACCAUUAGCAAGCAGAAGGAAAAUCUUCUGAAGGAAAGAGAGAGGCUUGUAGGCGAGAUAGAAACUAUGAAGCAGCGCCAGAAGAACAUGUCCGCUUACGCGGAGGAGCUCGAGAAAAGGAACAGCGAGAUCGACCAACGCAUGAACGAGAUGCAGGAGACACUAGGCAUUCAGCUAAACGAGAUCUCACGUGAGAAGAGGAUUCGAGAGAGAGCGGAAGCGGAGACGCGGCAGUUUGAAGAAGAGAUUGCCGCGAAAAAAAACGAGCUCGAGAUCGCGAACGCGUCUAUCGAGGCUAGCGCGAGCAACAUAGCGAGGCUAGAGAAUCUAAUGAAGGAGCAGAGGACGGCGAACGAGAAGAUGCAGAAGGAGAUUGGCAAACUCAUGUUGAAGAGAAUGAAUCUGCAAACGGAUCUCGAUAACGCGAACGUCGAAAUGGAAAAGCUGGAAAAAGAGCUCGUCGAUAAAGAGAAGCAAUUGAGAAGCGUCAAGCACGAGCUUAACAGAACGAAAGAGAGCAGCGCUAAGUACAAGCACGAGAAGGACUUGAUUGACAAGCGACUCCUGAAGGCCGAGAGCGAGCGGGCGAAAAUGGAGCGCGAGCUAAAACAGGCCCUGAUCGACAUCGAUAACACGAAGCACGAGACGCGGAUCUGUCGCAAGGAACAGCUGGACGACAAGCAACGCAUCGAGGCGCUCUUACGGGAGAGGAACGCGAUCGCUCGCAGCAGGGAGACCGCCCAGGAGCGAAUCAAGCGGUUGAAUCACGAGCUGCUGCUGUGUGGACAGGCCAAGACAAAGGUCGAGCACGAGCUAGAUACGCUGACGCAGAGCAUUGACGACGUGAGGAGGCAGAUGGAGAUGGCGGAGAAGGAGCGGGAUAAGUACAGUCUGACGAUACAUGGAUUGGAGCAGCAGAUCGAGGGUCACGUAAGCGAGACCAAGCUGAGACAGGCGGAGAUCUUCGAUUACAAGAAGCGUCUGGCGGAGGCCGAGACAAGGUACCGUCAGCAGCAGAGCUUAUUCGAGGCCGUCCGUGCGGAGCGGAAUCUGUACAGCAAGAGUCUCGUCGAAACGCAGGAGGAGGUGCGGGAUUUGAAGAGCAAACUGAAGAUUACGAGCCAGCAGAUCGAGCUUAAGGAGGACAUUGCGACCAAAGAGGCCAGUCUAGUCAAGGAGGAAUUCCUGCUGGGAAGGAUCGAAAAGGAGAAGGAGGAUCUGAAGGUCGAGUUGAAAGCCUCCCGCGUGGAGGGAUCAAGUUUACGUCAGGAAAUCGAAGAGGCCAAGCGUGAGGAGAAGCGCUUGAGGCAGACCAUACACCAGGCGGAUGUUGACAUCGGGCGCCGGAAGAAGGACAUUGACAAUGUUAUGAACGAGCGCGAUAUACUCGGAACGCAACUGGUCCGCAGGAACGACGAGCUCAGUUUACAGUACAGCAGGAUAAAGAUUCUGAAUACAACGCUGCAACGUGGCGAGAUGCAUUAUAACCAGCGACUGGACGAUAUUAGAUUGCUCAAAUUCGAGGUGAAGAAGCUCAGGACCGAAAAAAUGUUGCUCGCCAAAAACAUUGCCAACAUUAGUGAUUUGCGCCAGGAAGCUUUUCAUCUGAAUCGCGACCUAGCAAAGGAGAGACUUAAAGUCACUGCACUCGAGGAAGAACUUCAAACUCCAUUGAAUAUACAUAGGUGGCGGAAGCUCAAGGGCACAGAUCCUUCGACUUUCGACAUGGUUAAGAAGAUACAAAUUCUGCAGAAGCGGAUUUUAAAAAUGUCCACUGACAUGAUGGAUAAAGAGAGAAACCUGAGGGACACCGAAAAGUUAUAUAUGAAUCUUCGUGAUGUCUUAUCGAGACAACCAGAUCCACAGGCAGUGACGAAUCUGAAUAAGGUCCAAAAUAUCUUGCGCAAAAAAGGAGAAAAGCUCAAAUGUCUUGUCGCCGAGUUGAACGUGUACGAGGUGCAGCUGGGGGAGUACAAAGGUGAUAUGACGAGAAUGGACAACGAGAUGUGCGAGUUGAAAAAGAAGUACUAUGCACAAAAGAAAAAGCUCGAUAAAAUGAAGGACGCGAGCCCGAAAUCCACCUAUGAACCCACUCUUCCGAGUGUUCUGGUAUCUAGUAAGAAAUUCUACGGGGGCGGCUUCAAGAUGACAACACCCACGCCGAGAAGUUGUUACGUUUUAGAUUCCUCGGCGAGCAGAUAAGGCAAAAGUUAACAGCAAAGAUCGAUAAUGUUAUAACGUUAUUGUCAAUCAAGUAUUUUACAAUUAUAGACGUUUUCGUGUAAAAUUUUGUUAAAUUAUU